GUCUCCCACACCCACGUCUCCCAACAAUGGCAAGAAUGGGUCUCUGUGUCUUCUUCUUCUUGCUCGUUUCCUCUUUUCCUUCUUCAUACUCUGUAGUACACAAGGAGCAGCGCGUCCCUGCGCUGUUCGUGUUCGGAGACUCCGUUGUUGACGGCGGUAACAAUGUCAUUUUCGAUCACGGUGCAUCUACCGGCCAUCUUCCAUAUGGGGUAGAUUUUCCCACCGGUCCUACAGGGAGGUUCACCAAUGGGCUGAACCCAGGUGAUAUCUUGGCUGUGUUUUUGAACUUUACCCAUCUCCCUCCGGCUGUUUUGGACCCCAAAGCCGUAGGUGGGAUGAUAACUAUUGGAGUUAACUAUGCCUCUGGUGGUUCAGGCAUUCUUGAUUAUCCCAAUUCUAAAUCGAUAUCACUAAAAAACCAAACAAAGUUAUUCAAGAACACAACACUUCCAGAUUUGAGGAAACAAUUUAACGAGACAGAACUAUCCACCUACCUGGCGAAGAGCAUAUUUGCAUUCAACACGGGGGGUAACGACGUUCAUGAGUUGUGCGAGCUAAAUGAAAACAGAAGAAGAGAGCAGGAUGAAAGACAGCAAGUAACGUGGUUCAGCUCUGAUUGAGCCUACGUCCACGAUCGGAAGGCACUCGAACAAUUUUUCAUUCAAUAAGAAGAUAAUUACAAUGGGAGAGUCGAGUCCCUUUUA